CUCUCGCAACAUUGCGCACAUCGUCACUUUCCCUCGACUAUACUCUUUUAUCUCAUUUCGAAUUCUCAAGAAGAAGAUGGCGCACCCAAAUGCUCAGAGGCGACAAAAGCUUCCCGUCUCCUCGUCGGACGCCGGGGUCGAUAACCGCCGCGGCGGCGGCGGCGACUCCGGCCUCCCCUGCUCCAUCCCGCUCGCUUUCCUCACCAUCAACAGCGUCAACACCAUCUACCGAGCGUCCGUCAACGGGGACACCCCCAUGGUCGUCUUCAUCGUCUUCGUGUACCUCGCGUACCUCCUGCUCGACUACUGCCUGACCGAGCUGGAGAGGUCGCCCCCCACGGAGGGGGGGCCGCGCCGCGAGACGCUCAAGCUCGUGGCCUGGGUCUUCUCCACCGCGAUCGGGUUCGGCUUCGCCUACCACUUCUCGCAGCUCGCGAGCGCGUGGAUGGCCGUGGUCUUCCACGCCAUCGCCGUCGCCAGCAGCGGGGUGGUGUUCUACACGUACUUCUGCUGCGACCGCGGGGAUCGCGGCCGCAGAACGUGGUGUAGGGUCGAGAAGAUCGACGUCGAGCUUGUGUUCGAUGGGGCGAGGAGAGCGAGGGCCGACGCGAAAAGCGCCGGAGAUUUGUCUGCUGCUGCAGCAGAAAACGUUUGAUCCGUGCUAUCGUCAAGAUAAGGAGUGUUUUGUCAUUUACUUUGAACGCUUAUGUUUGUCAUG